CUCCAAUCAUGUUCCACCAAGGCGAUCUCCAGAGCGGCAUAUCGCUCGCCAUCCAGCAAUCCAAGCUGGUCGUCUGCUUCGUGCGAGAUGCCGACGAAGAGAGCAAGAUCUGGGAAGAUGAGUGGCUGCAGGAUGAACAGCUGGCUGAGUCACUUGGGUCAAAGGCGAUAGUCCUGCGUUUGGAGGCUGGCUCUCAGGAAGCUGGCUUUCUCUCAGCUUUCUGUCCCAUCGCAAAGACGCCUGCGCUGGUUGCCAUACACAAUGGCCAGCUCAAGCUGUACCUCUCUGGCGGCACCAGCCGGGAGGACUUUGUGAGCCGCUUGUCCAACGCCCUCAACCCCGCCGAACCUGCCACUGCUCCCGGCAUGCCGCAAGCUCCACAAGCACUUUCCGAGUCAGCCGGAGCUCCCGAACCGGUUGCGGCACAGCCUCCCGCGCCGUCGACCGCCGAAGACGACCCGUACGAGUCACAAGAUGGCCCCGAUCCCGCGCGCGUUCUCGAAGCCUCUUCCGAAGCGUCCAUUGCGCACAACGUCCCGCCCGCUGCCCCAGUACUCCCCACACUCCAGGCCUCGGCCCCUCCCGUUUCCGACGCUCAGACCGAAGCCCAGGCCCAGCCCGCCUCUACACCUGCCUCCGUGCCCAUAUCGGAGAAAGCGGCGGGAAAGCGCAGAGCUGUUGAGGAGGAGAAAGCCACUCCUUCCGCAGAGAAGAAGGAUGCCGCUAAGAAGAGCUAUGCGACGCAAGAGCGUGCGCGGAAGGCGUCACAGCGCGACGAACUGAACCGCAUCCUCCAGCGAGUCGAGGCAGACAAGCAGGCACGCAAGGAACGAGAACGCGAAACUAAAGCCCGCCGCGAAGCCGAGCUCAGAGAGAUCGCCAACGCCGGCGCCGAAGGCGACGCUCCUUCCCCGGCCGCGCCAUCGUCCUCAGUAGCAAAGGCACGCUCGGCCACUAGCACCAGCAAAGACAUCACGCUACGUGUGCGCCUGCUCGACGGCUCCCAGAUUCGUGAGCCUUUUCCCCCGACCGCGACGCUGCAAUCGGAUGUCCGUCCCCGCGUCGACUGGGCUCUUGGUGGCGGAGACUCCAAGCCCCCGCCCUACACCUUCAAGCACGUCCUUGCGCCGCUGCCGAACCGCAACCUCUCCGCCUCGGAGGAAGCGACACCGCUCUCGGAGCUGCCCGACGUCGCGCCCAGCGCCACACUCGUGCUCGUGCCUGUCCGUGGCGCGGCGCAUGCGUACGCCGCCGCUGGCAGUGCUGCCGGAGCAGUUGCGCGGGGUGGAGGCCCCUUCGGCGCGGUGAUGGCGAUCCUGCUGCGCAUCUGGAACCUGGUGUGCGCGUUUGUGGGCACGCUGUUUGCGCCGUUGACGCGGGGUGCUGCGCGCGGCGGCGAGGGCGGCGCAACGGAGCGGGAGCGGCAUGGUCGGCCGGUUAAUCUGGGAGGUGGGGACCGCAGAGGCCGCAGUGCUGGCGAGGGCAGUGGUAAUGGUGCUGCUUCGGGUGCGACGGCGGGAGCGCGUGCGUCGGGGAUGCGGGUUCGUACGCUGGGGGAUCAGCGUGAGGGCCAGAAUGAGUAUUACAAUGGGAAUAGCCUGGACUUUGAGCCCAAGAAGGGCGAGGAUGAGGGAAAGUAGAGAGCGGCUUGUGGAUGGACUAGACUUGAUAGGUGAGUAGGGAGUCGUGAUAGAAGGUACAGAAGAAAAGUGGAAACGGGUGGGUUAAGUGAAUGUUAGGUAGUGCCCCCAGUCAGUUUGCUGCACGAUGUACUCACGAACGAGCAUGAAUAACGUUAUAACAAAGUCUUUUUCUAGC